AUUUCUCCACCACCCGCUUAUAAAUUCAACAACAACACCUCACACCAAAUUAAACCACCACUUCUUCACCCAAACAUUAACAAGCCACAACUUUUACCAAAACCAAUCCAAGUUCCCAAAAAUGCUUAGGGAGGGUUCGUUCCUCUCGCUCUACUUGAUCGUGACUGCAAUGCUGGUCGGCCAGCUGCGAGUCACGGACGCAGCUCAGUGCACUGCGACAGAGCUGCGCCCCUGCCUCUCAGCCAUAUCGUCAGGCCAGUCUCCGACGCCAGAGUGUUGUGCCAAGCUGAAGGAACAGACACCGUGUCUCUGCGGGUACAGGAAAGAUCCCCAGGUUGGGAAGUAUGUCAACUCCCCAAAUGCAAGAAAGGUGGCCAGUUCUUGUGGGGUUUCUGUCCCUUGUUAGAAUCCCACACCGGGAAUCCCAUUUAAAUCCCACAAGAGUAGGGUCUGGGGAGGGUGUGUGUACGCAGACCUUGCCCCUACUCGAAAGUAGAGAGGCUGUUUCCAAAGAGACCCCCAGCUCAACGUCGAAAGUUGCAUUGCUUGACUAACUGCUACUUCAUUAAUUAAAGAAGCGCAGACAGUUUAGAGAUCCAUUUUGAUUUAUUCCAUCACACCCCAAAGCCAUUGAUNCAUUCUUCUU